AAAAGGAACUCUUGUGGCUAUUCCAGAAAAAUCUCUCCAAUUCAUUGCCAAAUAUUUCUUGUUUCUCUUUUUUUUUUGGUGGGAAAUUUGGUCCUCAAGUACAUCCUAAUGGCCAAGUUAGAUAUUCAAAUCCAGACAAGGAAAAUGUUAAAGCCCUCAACUCCUACCCCAAAGCAUCUUAAGAGCCUCAAACUAUCAUUGUUUGAUCAGGGUGCUCCCCGUAUGUAUGUACCAAUAUUGUUCCACUACUUGCCAAGUAGUGAAGGAAUUAUUGAAAGAUGUGAUAAGCUCCAAAAAUCUUUGGCUGAGACCUUAACCAAAUUUUACCCUCUAGCAGGAAGAUUUAGUGAAGAUGAAUUCUCAAUUCACUGUAAUGAUGAAGGGGUUGAAUAUGUCGAAACCAAAGUCAAAGCGGAUCUUGCUGAAUUUCUUCAGCAAGGACCCAAGUGUAUAGGGAAAAAUGCAAACUACAAGGGUCCGGAAGAGCGUGCCAACUCACCGGUCAAAUGUCAUUCAAUGCACAGCCGUAACAGAAGACCCCCAAGUUUCCUCCAGCCUUUAAAAUACAAAGUAUUCAUAUUAUUCUUAACAUUUACCCUUUCUUGCUUAACUCGUGGUGAUUCACCGCCCGGAGACUCUAGCUCAAAGCUUUUCCAAGGCCCAGGCUACAUAACUAGCUAUGUUUUACUUUCACUUGUCUUGUUAAUUAUUACUUGCUAUUUCAUAAUUUUGGUUACAUUUGAUCCACUUGUCCUUGACCUCGCGUACAAAUUCAACUAUACCGAUUUUCCGUGUAAACAGGACAUAGCUGCAGGCAUUGGUAGGGCAAGCAUCGAUGAUAUUACCUCUCUGUCUGUUACCCGUGGCAGAGAAGUUGUAAAGAACCUUGGUCGGAAAGAUGUAGACAAUUAUCCCAGCACGAGUUGGUGUAGAUUUCCCUGGUAUGAAGCAGACUUUGGUUGGGGAAAGCCAUCGUGGGUGAGCAGUGUUAGCAAAUAUUAUGAAGGGAAAUAUUAUGAACGGAUUAGUCUGAUUGAUACAAAAUCUGGUGAUGGAAUAGAAGCAUGGAUAGCUUUGAAGGAGAAUGACAUGGUUGAAUUUGUUCAGCUAAAAAAAAAAAAAAAAACAUGGUUGAAUUCGAGAGAGAUCCUGACAUUUUGUCCUUCACUUCUUAAAACUAAGAUUUCUUGGCUCUAUUAAGAUACAUAGUACCUCUUCAUAUUCUUUAAUUUUUUCAUUUGUAUGAUGUAAUGAUAAGCAUCUUGAAUGCAUUCUUUUGAUUGAAGAGAAAUGCAGGCAGUCUCUUGUGACUUUUUUGGGUUCCAAUGUUAUGAGGGCCUGAUGGGAAUAUGCAAAUCAAAACUUAUACAUCGAAAGCUUUUUUCUUAA